CUUUUUGAACCUUCUCCUGAUUAUAACCGAUCAAACUAAAGUCAACAUGUAUCACAAAUUUCAGAUCUCCGGUGAAGUUUUCAGGACUUUGGGUUUGAAGAUGAAGAUUCUAACAACAGUGAUCUUUACUGGCUUACUCAUUUGGUCUAUCAUGUUACUAUCACUCUCAACCAAUUUCAACAACAAACUUCUUGAUGCUACAACCAACGAUUCAAAGGAAUCCGAAACGUCGAGUGAUAAACUGAUAGGAGGGCUUUUAACCGCGGAUUUUGAGGAAGGUUCUUGCUUGAGUCGAUAUCAUAAAUCUUUCUUGUAUCGCAAGCCUUCCCCAUACAAGCCUUCUGAAUAUCUAGUCUCUAAGCUUAGAAGCUAUGAGAUGCUUCACAAGCGUUGCGGUCCAGGGACAAAAGCUUACAAGGAAGCAACAGAGAAUCUUGUUCACGAUGAGAUUCAUGGAAACAAAUCUGUUGGUGAUGAAUGCAGAUACAUUGUGUGGAUUGCGGGUUACGGGCUUGGAAACCAAAUACUUACUCUUGCUUCUGUGUUCCUCUACGCUCUCUUGACAGAGAGAAUCAUUCUUGUUGACCAAACCAAGGAUAUCGCUGAUCUCUUAUGCGAGCCAUUUCCAGGUACUUCAUGGUUGCUUCCUCCUGACUUUCCAUUGAUGAAACAGAUUGAUGGCUACAACAAGGGACACCCUCGUUGUUACGGAACAAUGUUGAACGAUCAUACCAUCAAUUCCACUUCAAUUCCGACGCAUCUAUAUCUUCAUAACCUCCAUGAUUCAAGGGAUGAAGAUAAGAUGUUCUUCUGCCAACAAGAUCAAGAUUUGAUCAACAAAGUCCCUUGGUUGAUUAUUAAAUCCAAUGUGUACUUUGUUCCAUCUCUAUGGUUCAAUCCAACGUACCUACCGGAACUAACCAAGCUAUUCCCGCAGAAAGAUACCGUCUUUCACCAUCUGUCUCGGUAUCUUCUUCACCCGACAAAUCAAGUUUGGGGUAUGGUCACUAGGUACUACCAUGCUCACUUAUCAAGACCAGACGAGAGACUCGGGAUUCAAAUAAGGGUUUUUAGAAAAGACGCUGGAUAUUUCCAACACGUCAUGGACCAGGUCAUAGCCUGUACACAAAGAGAGAAACUCUUGCCUGAACUGGCUACACAAGAAGAAUCAAGAUUCAAUGAAUCGAAUAUCCCGAAGCUUAAAGCUGUUCUUGUCACGUCUCUAUAUCCAGAGUACUCUGACAACUUAAAGAACAUGUAUUGGGAGCGACCAAGUUCGACAGGAGAGGUUAUUGAAGUUUAUCAGCCAAGUGGAGAAAGGUUUCAACAAACAGACAAGAAGAUUCACGACCAAAAGGCGCUUGCUGAGAUAUAUCUUCUGAGCUUAACCGAUAACAUUGUCACAAGCGCUAGGUCAACAUUUGGAUAUGUUGCUUAUAGUCUUGGAGGGUUAAAGCCAUGGUUGCUUUAUCAGCCAACGGAUCUCAUAACUCCUGAUCCGCCGUGUGUUCGAUCCACGUCCAUGGAGCCUUGUUACCUUACUCCUCCGUCUCAUGGAUGUGAAGCUGAUUGGGGGAAAAACUCGGGGAAGAUUGUUCCUUUUCUUAAGCAUUGUGAGGAUAUUAUGUAUGGAGGGCUCAAGCUAUAUGAUGAAGUAUAGGUUUAUCAUGAGUUAUUUAAAUAGAGGAGCAAUGUUUUCUCUCUUUGUUUAUAUUUCGUCUAUAAUAAUUAA